UUUCAAUAGGUUAACAACAAAUUUCAAAAAAAAAAAUAUAUUUUUUUUGCCCCUUUUGGUUUCUCUGUUCCAAUUUUCUUUCACACUUGCCUAAAUUUAGUUCAUAAUAUUCCUAAUCUUUUCUGGGACUUGACCAGAACACCUUGUAUUUGUUUUCUUCGGGGUUUUUGAUUUUUUGUUGUGUUUUCAUAUGCGUUAGUGCUUGUUUCACAUUUCUUAGUCUUUCUUUGAACUGUCUCUGAUUUUGAAUUUCUCUACCAUGGGUCAUUAUUAGCAGUAGCUUGUUGAUCUUUGCUCAUCGAGUUAGACUAAUUUACAAUUCGACAGCGAAAAAAAAAGAAGAAAAGAAUCCUCUGUUCUCCGUCUCUGUUUCUACUUAGAGAAAAAUUGAAACCAUUUUCAUAAAUGGAGGCGAAGGAUGAUGUGUACUCACCUAAUGGAGUUCUUGAGGACUAUUUAAGGACCGUUGAAUCCGAAACAGUCUCUUCCAAAGCAAGCACAUCUGAAUCUGAAGCUCAACAAAACUCGAAGCCCACCUCUCGAUGGGGUGGUUUUGUCCAAUUAUUGAAGAUUAGAUCAAAAACACCCUUAUGGCGAAUUAGCCGUAGCCUGAGAGAAGACAUCAACACGGGUUUGGAUCCCCUUGUAGAUACUGAUUUGCCUCAGCAGAAGAAUUUCACCCUCUCUGAACUCCAAACCGCUACCAACUGUUUCAGCCAAGAGAACUUGAUUGGAAAGGGUGGUUAUGCCGAGGUUUACAAGGGACGUUUGCGAGAUGGGCAGGUUGUGGCGAUUAAGCGGCUGACACGAGGACUGCCUGAUGAGAGAAUAGGAGACUUCUUAUGUGAGCUCGGGAUUAUGGCCCAUGUGAACCAUCCCAAUACUGCUAAAUUGAUCGGUUAUGGAGUUGAAGGAGGAAUGUACCUUGUUCUAGAGUUUUAUCCGCGUGGAAGCUUAGCUUCUCUCCUUCAUCACGGUUCAAAGGAGAAACUCAACUGGAGUAUUCGGUACAAGGUAGCACUAGGAACAGCCGAUGGUUUGCUAUACCUUCACGAGGGUUGUCGAAGGAGAAUCAUUCACAGAGACAUCAAGGCUGCAAAUGUACUUCUUACAGAAAACUUUGAGCCUCAGAUUUGUGACUUCGGGCUUGCAAAAUGGCUUCCAGAGCAAUGGACUCAUCAUACAGUAUCAAAAUUCGAAGGCACAUUUGGCUAUCUUGCUCCUGAGUACUUAAUGCAUGGCAUAGUAGAUGAAAAAACCGAUGUUUAUGCCUUUGGUGUGCUGCUCUUGGAACUUAUUACUGGGCGUCGAGCUCUGGACUACUCAAAGCAGAGCCUUGUCAUUUGGGCAAAACCCUUGCUCAAGAAGAACAACAUCAAGGAGCUUGUUGAUCCUUCGCUUGGUGAUGACUACGACUCAAUACAGAUGAACCUCAUGGUGUUGGCUGCUUUUUUGUGCAUACAACAAUCUUCGAUUCAACGGCCUCGAAUGAGACAGAUUGUGCAGCUGCUAAAGGGCAGCCAAGGCAGCCUAGAGUCAGUGCAAAAAUAUCAAAAGCCAUCCUUCUGGAAGAGGUACUAUGUAGAGCUUUUCACUACAGAGGGGUACAAUGGAACAAGUGACUUCAAUAGUCUACAUCGGCCGAAACAGCCGGCUUUGGAACCUUAAAAUCCCCAAUGAUUUAAGAAAAACCAUCAUGAUAUCACAAGAACUGGUUUGGGAGCCUUUGUCUAAACGACCCUGCCUAGGAUCGAUUCUCAGUUAUCAAAAAAACAACAAAAAAGGGUGCGAGAGAGAGAAUUCAGAAAGAGGUUUUUUUCUUCUUCUUUUAUUAGAAAAAGAGUGAUGUUUCUCAAUCUCUUUACAACAUCUCAUGUUUAUGUCAUGGGAGAGAGCAACAGGGGGAGGCAAAUACAGGGGAGUCUUAGAUUGUGAAUUUUUGUACAUAGUUGUAAAAAUAAUUUUCAUAAUUGCUAUCCUAAAGUGGUAAAAGUAUUUUUUUAUUUUGCGAA